AGCCGUUUUGGCUCAGUCCUUUCGUUUGCCGGGGGUGCUGCGAGCAGCUCGGAGUCCCCGGGCCCGGGCCCGGAGCCAUAUGGCGGGCACCGGCAUGCCGGGAGCAGGUGCGCAGCGCCCACCCGUGGCCUGCACCGGAGCCACGGGCAGCCCUCCCAGGGGCCCGGCGGGCUCGCUCGGCAGCCUCGCCGGCGGGGGUCCGGGCAUGAAGUACGUGGUCAUCACUGGUGGGACCAUCUCUGGCCUCGGCAAGGGCACCACGAUCUCGUCCGUUGGUGUGGUGCUCAAGUCCCACGGGCUCAGGGUCACCGCGAUCAAGAUCGACCCGUACCUGAACAUCGACGCUGGCACCAUGAGCCCGUACGAGCACGGAGAGGUGUACGUGCUCGAGGACGGUGGCGAGGCCGAUCUCGACCUCGGGAACUACGAGCGUUUCUUGGGCCUGACUCUCACUUCGGGACACAGCAUGACAUCGGGCAAGGUGUACGACCAGGUCAUCAAGCGAGAACGCACCGGCCACUACCUUGGCAAGACGGUGCAGAUGGUGCCCCACGUCACAGACGCGAUCCAGGACUGGAUCACCGACGUAGCACGCAAGAGCGUCGAUGGGUCAGGCGCUCCGCCGCAAGUCUGCCUAGUGGAGCUUGGCGGCACCGUGGGGGACAUCGAGAGCGCCAUCUACCUGGAGGCACUUCAGCAGUUCAAGUUCCGGGUUGGUGACCAGAACCUCUUGAUGAUCCAUCUGGGCAUGGUUCCCACCGUCGGUGCCACCAACGAGCAGAAGACCAAGCCUUGCCAGCACUCUGUGAAGCUGUUGCGCGAGGCGGGCCUGAACCCGGACCUGCUGAUGUGCCGCUGCGACGUGGAGAUCGACGAGGCGACGCGCAACAAGCUGUCGCUGUUCUGCCAGGUGCCCCCCGAGAUGGUCAUCUCUCUACACGACGUGUCCAAUCUGUACCAGGUCCCCCUGCUGCUGGCGGAGCAGGCCGUGGGGCAGCUGAUCUGCAAGCAGUUGGGCCUCGGGGCGGCCGCCGGAGAGGCUGCCGGCGCUGUUGCUCCGACGCUGCCGCUCGGUGCAGGUGCGCUGCCUGCGUCGGCGGCCACGGAGCGGCUGGCCGACUGGCAAGUGGUCGCAGACCGCGUCGAGAAGUGCAAGGAGGAGGUGUCGAUUGCGCUAGUUGGGAAGUACACUGGCAACCCCGACGCGUACGUCAGCGUGGUGAAGGCCCUGCAGCACGCCGCCGUCGAGGCUGGCCUGCGUCUAGUGAUAUCGUGGGUGGACUCCUGCAGUCUGCAGCCUGGGGCCCAGAAGACCGACCAGCAGAGUUACGAGGACAGCUGGGAGAAGAUCCGAUCAGCGCAGGGCGUUCUUGUACCUGGCGGCUUCGGUGGCCGUGGCAUUGAGGGGAAGAUCGCUUGUGAAUCCCACUGCCGGGAAACCAAGAAGCCCUUUCUCGGCAUCUGCGUCGGCUUGCAGUCGGCCGUCAUCGAGUUUGCACGCAACGAGCUCGGCUGGGAGGAUGCCAACUCCACCGAGUUCGACGAGGAGACGCCCAACCCGGUGGUCGUCUUCCUCCCAGAAGCGUCAGCUACGAUGAUGGGCGGCACGAUGCGCCUCGGCUCGCGCGCUACGAUCAUCCGCGACCGGGAUUCGCUAGCCUGCCGCCUCUAUCCAGCGGCUUGCGGCAAGCCCUGUGCCAGUGUCAGUAUUGAUAUGCUUGCAGGGUAGUUCUGCCAAGGUCUCCGAACAGGCUGG